UAGAUUGCAAAACGUUUAUCACUCUCGUCAUUACUCAUUUGCAGAAGCACGAAGUGUGCGUUAGUCGCGCAGCAGACUACGCCGCGGACCGACGUCGGACCGGUUCGAGCUGUUAAUCAUCUGUUUACGUCACGCAGUCGGUUUUCCCAAGUUCGUUUGCUAAAGUUAGUAGUGUUCGCGAUGUGGAACGAAGGGGACGCUCGGCACGAGCUGCGGGACCACGAGGUGUCGAUGGGCCGCACGAGUGGCAGCUCCGAGGUCGUGGUGAUGGACGAACGCGUGCUGGAGGCGGCUGCGCGCGCCCAGCCCGCGCUCACCAACAUCAACGUCACCAAGUCCUCGCGCCUGCACAUCGGGCCCAAGUUCGUCUCCGUCACGCAGAACGUCGACAACACCGAGGUGGUCAAAGGCCGCAUUCUGGGCCUAGAGCUCGUGUCGCCGCAGAACAGCAAGCGGCUCCGAUGUAGCAUCGCGGUGUUCGUCUGCUGGGCGUUUGUUGUCGUUUCGGCUCUUACGUUCUUCAUCUUCUACUUUGCCUUGGCAAAACAAGUCAAACGGCUUGAUCUAGAUAUAAAGGAGAAGUGGUACCUGCGGCGCGGUGACUGGCAGGCCAUGCCCGACUACGGGAUAGAACUGCUCGAGCUACCGGUGCCCAACGUGCUCAUCGGCCACUCGGCUAUGGACCAGUGCACUGAUAGAUACUCGUGUAUCAAAGACGUGUUGGAAAUACAAAGAGACCAUCAGAGGCGAGGAUGGAACGAUAUCGGCCCGAACUUCCUCGUCGGCGUUAACGGACUAGUUUUCGAAGGCAGAGGCGGGAAUGUGCAGGGGGCUAUGGUUAAGUCUUGGAACCGCAACGGCAUUAGCGUUAUGUUCCUCGGCAACUACCAGGUUUCUGAGACCUCACAAGUGCAAUUCGAUCACAUCAAAGUUCUCUUAAACGAACUUGUUAGAAAAGAGGUGUUGAGGCCAAACUAUGUGGUCUACGGCCAUUGUCAGGUAACGGGCAGUAUCAUUAGUCCGGGGAAAUAUGUAAUGGAUGAAUUACACAACCUUGAGCACUGGAACCCUGCUAACAAAACUACUUGUAUUCGAUAAUGACUGAAUAUAUUGUUAUUAUUUAAACUUUUUAAACGGAUGAAUCUUUUCCAAACGAUGAUAGGGAGAAGGUUAACAUUUCAUUUUCAUGUAAUGUCGGUUUGUAACCAUUAAUGCGUCUAUUCUCUUCUAGAAUUAUAUGCAUUUAUUAAAACACAUACGGGCCGAUUUUCGAGCCCAAUAAACUUCAAUGGGAGAAUAUGGAGAGUGGACGGAGUAUAACGGUUGGGCGUUAUCUCUUGACAGUCAUUAUGAUAACGGCCGGACUUAAACUGACUGUAAAAAAUAAUGAAGAACAAUAAAAUACUGUUGAUUGAAAAGACUUUCAAUCGCCAAUUUAAACUUGAAAACUAGUUAUUAUUAUCGUGUUCAAUCUAGGUUUCAAAAAGAGAAGAUAUUUUAUUACAAGCUUUUCUUAAACCUACAUUUGACAACUUUGUAUAUAUGUUUUUUUACAAAGAUGGUAGAUCAUUAAAUAUAAGUAAAAACAGUUUAAGUUUUUGUUUUGUAUAUUUAACACAUUCCACUAAAAGCAUGUGAUUUUAAAGAAAUGUUUAGAUACUAUUCAUUUAUUGUUUGUUUCGAGAGUACCUGAAGGUACCAGGGUGCGAAAGUUGAUAUCUAACUUCCGCCUUUUUAAAGACAUUAUUGAAAAUAUUAGUUCAUUGUAGUGCUUUGUACAGCCAGAGCUGAGAGCCAGGGCCAUAAUUCUGCUUUUUACAAUGGUCGUUGAGUGAAUGGAAACUGGAUUAAAUUGUCACUAUUCCUAUUAUUCUAAGCAUUUCUCCGUCAAUAUAUGGAAAUUCAGUACGCGGUUAUAUUUAUUGUAUUUAGCGUAAGUGUUCAACUUAAAUACAAUCAAAUUCCAAUUAAUGUGUUGACAAAAUUAUUAGGAGAAUAUGAAUAGUUUCAGAUUUAAUCCAGUUGCCAUUCAAUCAUCGGCCAUUGUAAAUCGGGGCCUGUAUUUUUCAGUGGCAAGGUGAUCGUGGAAAUGGUGUUUAGUAUGUUUCAACCAUACCAAAUACCAAGCCCAUUUCUUUACCUAAUAGUACAACAGCAAAACGUUGAACUAUAUUGUAUUCAAUUGGGUUUUUUUUUUUGUUGCUGGCGAUACAAAGCACAAGUCUUGUAGAUUAAGUAGGUACAUUUUCUAAAUUCAAUUACUCUAUUUGCGAGUUUAGACAGGGCAGUGUUGGUAUUAUUUUCAACAAGUCCUUUUUGUUGUUUACAUAUAUAUGGUAAUCAGAACACGCCUUUGUGUACUUCGAAUGAUAACAAAAUACAUCAGCAGUCAGCUUGUGUUGUGACUGACUGAUAAGUAAUAAAAUGUUUUAUAGUAUAGCAGUAAGUACUAUAUUUAUUAUAGCUUUAUUGAUCUCUUACAUUAAGAUACUAAAAAUAAUCACUAAAAUAUAAAUUCUUUUUUUAAUCACUUCACGAUGAUGAUGACCACGAUGUUAAAUCUAUUUUGUUAACAUUGUACGUGUAGUCGAAGUUUUUUAUAAUUUAAAGUUUACUAACAGUGUUUGUGUUUGGUAAAUUCUUCUGGACAGUUAAAUAACAAUAAAAAAAAACACUAAUCAAAUAAAAGAGAGCCCGUUUUUUGGCAUUGUGAACAUCGGAUCUGGGAUCAAAAACAAAAUAAAAUAGAAGCUAUGCCGCGGGUCUCAGCUUGUAUUGCUCUCCUAAGUAACUGAAUUGUUUGUUACUGUUUUGUAAAAUUCAAUUUACAAUGUGCUUAGGAGAAUACGGAAAGUGUUAAAGUUAAUCCUAUUUCCAUUCAUACAUCGGCAAUAGUAGGUAUAUAGCAGAAUUGGGGCCUUAUCUGUUUGAGGACUUAGCUAUCAGAUACCUAGUGGGCCCCAAUUCUGCGGGGCGGACCAGUCACAGUCAAUGCAAUGAAUUUCCAAUUAUUCGAACUAGGGUUAACUUAUGUUCGAAACUCUAACUUAAGAUUUCGAGUGUUCAUUGUAAUCGAUAGGUAUUAUUAUGUCAAUAUAUUUGAAUGGUUUUUUUUUAA